AUGGUUGAUGGUUGGACAGAUGUGAGGCAGCAAACUUUGAUUAAUUUCUUAGUCUAUUCUACACAUGGAAUGGUUUUUGUGAAAUCUGUUAAUGCAUCAGAUUUGGUAAAAGAUGCUAGAACUUUAUUCUCGUUGUUCUGUGAAGUGAUUGAGUGGGUUGGUCCUAAGAACAUUGUUCAUGUGGUGACUGAUAAUGCUACAAAUUAUGUAGCAUGUGGCAAGUUGAUUAAGGAAAAAUAUAAAAAUAUUUAUUGGUCACCUUGUACUGUUCAUUGUUUGAACCUUACUUUAAAAGAUAUAGCAAGCUUGGACAAUGUGUCAGCACUUACAACUAAGGCAUCAAAGAUAACUGUUUUUGUUUAUAAUCAUAUGAUCUUCUUGUCAUGGCUAAGGAAAAGAUCGGGUUGGAAAGAAAUUGUACGUCCUGGUGCAACAAGAUUUGCUACUACAUUUAUUACGUUGCAUAGCAUAUAUAUGCAUAAGCAUGAAUUGCAAGCUUUGGUGACUGAUAAGCACUUUGUGGAUCACAAAUUGUCAAAGACUCAAGCUGGAAUAAUUGUUACUGCCAUCAUAUUAGAUAAUGGCUUUUGGGGUGAUUGCUUAGAAAUUGUGAAGGUUGUAUCUCCUCUUAUAAAGUUGUUGAGAAUUGUGGAUUCAGAUGAGAAGCUUUCUUUGCCUUAUGUUUAUGAAGGCAUGCAAAGGGCAAAAAAAGCAAUUAAGCGGCAUAUUUGUUGA